GCCCCGGGCACAAGAAGCGCAGCAAGAGCCCCCGGGUGCCAGAGCUGAAGAGGAAGAUGAAGGGGGGGAGGAAGAUGGCGCCGCUGAAGAUCAAACUGGGAGUACUGGGAGGGAAGCGCAAGAAGAGCAGCUCGUGUCCCCUCAUGACCCCAGUGUCCCCAAGCAGUGGCACCCGGAUGCCUGGGUCCCUGCUCCUGUCCCUCAUUGUCCCCAAGGGCCACACCAAGGGCCCGUUCCUCGUCAGUGCCCCCCUCUCCACCAUCAUCAACUGGGAGCGGGAGUUCCAGAUGUGGGCCCCGGCCUUCUACGUGGUCACCUACACUGGGGACAAGGACAGCAGGGCCAUCAUCAGGGAGAACGAGUUCUCCUUCGACGACAACGCCAUGAAGGGGGGCAAGAAGGCCUUCAAGAUGAAGGUGCCGCGCAGCGUGGACCGCAAGGGCCAGUAUCACUACCUGGUGAAGUGGCGGGACCUGCCCUACGACCAGGCCACCUGGGAGGAGGACGAGAUGCCCAUCCCCGACUAUGACCUGCACAAGAUGGCCUACUGGAGGCACCGGGAGGUGUUCAUGGGGGAGGACCCUGCCCAGCCCCGGCGCUACAAGAAGAAGAAGAAGGAGACCCCAGGGGAGGGACCCCCCCCCUCCCCCNNNNCCCAGCCCACGGUGAAGUACGAGACCCAGCCCCGGUUCAUCACGGCCACGGGGGGAACCCUUCACCUCUACCAGCUGGAGGGGCUGAACUGGCUGCGCUUCUCCUGGGCCCAGAGCACAGACACCAUCCUGGCUGAUGAGAUGGGCCUGGGCAAGACCAUCCAGACCAUCGUCUUCCUCUACUCCCUCUAUAAGGAGGGCCACACCAAGGGCCCGUUCCUCGUCAGUGCCCCCCUCUCCACCAUCAUCAACUGGGAGCGGGAGUUCCAGAUGUGGGCCCCGGCCUUCUACGUGGUCACCUACACUGGGGACAAGGACAGCAGGGCCAUCAUCAGGGAGAACGAGUUCUCCUUCGACGACAACGCCAUGAAGGGGGGCAAGAAGGCCUUCAAGAUGAAGCAGGAGGUGCAGGUAAAGCUCCAGGUGCUCCUCACCUCCCAUGAGCUGAUCCCUAUUGACCCUGGGAGGGACCUUAGGGGAUCCUGGGGCAACUCCCUCACACCCGAGCGCUUCAACAACCUGGAAGGGUUCCUGGAGGAGUUUGCUGACAUCUCCAAGGAGGACCAGAUCAAGAAGCUCCAUGACCUGCUGGGGCCGCACAUGCUGCGGCGCCUCAAGGCCGACGUCUUCAAGAACAUGCCGGCCAAGACUGAGCUCAUUGUCAGGGUGGAGCUCAGCCCCAUGCAGAAGAAAUACUACAAGUACAUCCUGACCCGCAACUUCGAGGCGCUGAACUCGCGGGGCGGCGGGAACCAAGUGUCGCUGCUCAACAUCAUGAUGGACCUGAAGAAGUGCUGCAACCACCCCUACCUCUUCCCUGUGGCUGCCCAGGAGUCCCCCAAGCUGCCGAGCGGCGCCUACGAGGGGGGGGCCCUGAUCAAGGCCUCGGGGAAGUUGCUGCUGCUCCAGAAGAUGCUGAGGAAGCUGAAGGAGCAAAACCACCGGGUGCUCAUCUUCUCCCAGAUGACCAAGAUGCUGGACCUGCUGGAGGAUUUCCUGGACAACUAGGAGGGCUACAAGUACGAGCGGAUCGAUGGGGGCAUCACGGGCGCCCUGCGCCAAGAGGCCAUCGACCGCUUCAACGGUACCUGCAGCGGGGGACCCGGGCGUCCGGGGGGGACCCAGGCAUCCGGGGGGAAACAAGGCAUCCGGGGGGGAACCAGGAGUUCAGAAUGGGAUCCAGGCGUCCGGGGGGACCCGGGAGCCUUCAGCCGCGCCCACCGCAUCGGCCAGGCCAACAAGGUGAUGAUCUAUCGCUUCGUGACGCGCGCCUCGGUGGAGGAGAGGAUCACCCAGGUGGCCAAGAGGAAAAUGAUGCUGACCCACCUGGUGGUGCGCCCGGGGCUGGGCUCCAAGGCUGGCUCCAUGUCCAAGCAGGAGCUGGAUGACAUCCUCAAGUUCGGCACCGAGGAGCUCUUCAAGGAUGAGAAUGAGGGGGACAACAAGGAGGAGGACAGCAGUGUCAUCCACUACGACAACGAGGCCAUCGCUCGGCUCCUGGACCGGAACCAAGAUGCCACCGACGACGCCGACGUGCAGAACAUGAACGAGUAUCUGAGCUCCUUCAAGGUGGCCCAGUACGUCGUGCGCGAGGAGGACAAGAUCGAGGAGAUCGAGCGGGAGAUCAUCAAGCAGGAGGAGAACGUGGACCCCGACUACUGGGAGAAGCUGCUGAGGCACCACUAUGAGCAGCAGCAGGAGGACCUGGCCAGGAACCUGGGCAAGGGCAAGAGGGUCCGCAAACAGGUCAACUACAAUGAUGCUGCCCAGGAGGACCAAGACAACCAGUCCGAGUACUCGGUGGGCUCGGAGGAGGAGGACGAGGACUUUGACGAGCGGCCCGAGGUGUUCCCCUGUCCCUCCAGUGUCCCCGUGUCCCCCCACACCCCCCAGUGCCCCCCGUGCCACAUGAUGAGCCCUUACUCAGCCGAGCGCCUUCGCUGUCGGGCCUACGUGUCCCUGUUCAUGCGGCACCUCUGCGAGCCGGGGGCCGACGGCUCCGAGACCCGUGAGGGCAGCGAGGCCGAAGGGCCCUGCAAGGGGGAGGAUGAGGAGGGACCCGGUGCCCGGGACCCCCCUGAAUCUGAGGGGACCCCAGCCCGUGAGGAGAGAGAGCUGCACACGCUGUGGCAGAACGAGGAACGCGCUGCCGUCUCCUCGGGCCGACUGGCCGAGAUCUGGCACCGGCGCCACGACUACUGGCUGCUGGCUGGGAUUGUGCUACAUGGCUACGCGCGCUGGACCGACAUCCAGAACGAACGUCCCUUCUCACUCCUCCUCACCCCACUUAAGGGGGAGGCCGCCAAGGGGAACUUCCUGGAGAUGAAGAACAAGUUCCUGGCCCGGAGGUUCAAGCUCCUGGAGCAGUUCCUGGUGUUGGAGGAGCAUCUCCUCCUGGAGCAGGCCCUGGUGAUCGAUGAACAUUUCCUUGGGUUCUUAGCUGCCCCCUCACCCUACUUUAUCCCCCCCCAGCUCCUGGAGCAGGCCCUG